AUGGUUCUUUUCAAGCGAAAGCCUGUUCGCUUUUUACCUCCAGCCGACAUCAAGGACGACAAUGCAGAGGUUUGGCACAUUCCUCAAACGGGAGAAGUCUUUGGUCAAUAUGAAGACUACUUGGCCAGGAUGGAUUUCUACAAGCAGCGACGUUUCAACUGCCAGAUUAGUGGACAUUCGGGCUUGACCUUCUUCGAAGCUCUGAAGAGCGAGACCGCCGGCGCCGAGGAAGUAGAGCAAGCUUUCCCUGAAGCACUCAAGGGCCCCGUCCUCCGCCGCGUCCAGUUCCAGACCGUCUCCCGCAUUGAUACGCUCGUCGACAUGGUCUUUGAGGACUUCCGUUCCGACUACUACCCCGGUGAGGCCGUGACCGUCAAGCUCACCAACGGCGAGAGGUUACAAGGAAGCGUUCGCGAGAAGACACGCUUUGGCCACAAGGUCCUUCCCGACGGCACCAUCAGGCCGCCAAGCACAAAAUACUUUGUCAGCAUUGACGACCGCGAGGAUGCCGAGGCCGUCGUCGACGACAGCCACAUAUUCCGCGAUCGCAAGAUCUUCACCAAGGCUGUCCUGCGGUCUUUCAUCAAGCGGACCGUCACUCGCGAGGCCUGGAAUGGCGCUCCUUGGCUCGUGAACCACGACUACGCCCAGGAAUACCACAUCGACACGCGCAUCCCCGCGCAUCUGCUCUACGACAACAAGCUCCUCGAGAGGAAGAUGCACCAGGCCCAGAAGCGCGCCUCUCUCCCUCACGACCAAAACGGCGCCAACGCCAAUGGAUCCUCACCCUCGGGACCUGCCCGUUUGCCAGAGCUCAAGCCCAUGCCCAAGACGCAAAAGGGCAAGCUGCAACACCCACAUCAAAACCUCUCUGGACAUUACCUCAACGACCCGAAACGACCUGCUCCCGAGGCGGGCGUCUUUCACGCCCACUCAUCCGGCAACCCCUUUCAGCUCCCCAACUUUCGCCAAAACGACGCCUUGCCGCAUCACAUGGCAGCCGCCCUACCACCGCCACCUCCACCGCCACCAAAGUAUCCCAUUGAGGAUCUCGCGCUCGAGCCGCGCGACGACAAAAUCAGGCCACCCAUCAAGUUCAUGUGCAAGGACCCGCCGAGCGAGUCGGUUCCAACAGCAAACGGCAGCGACGAAUCUCCCAAGGACUACCGAGACCGAAUCUCCAUGUCGUCGGUCGGACCCCUGCUGGAAACGUGGGACACGCUCAACGUGUACUGUGAGAUCUUCAAGCUCGACUCCUUCACCUUUGAUGAUUUCGUCGAAGCCAUGUGCGUCGCAUCCGAAGAGACGACUGUUCAACUGUUUGAGGAGAUCCACUGCUCCGUCCUCAAGAUGCUUGUGUCUUCGGAGGCCGAUGGUGGCAAGGUCAACGUGCCGCUGCCUGAGGUGGAGGACGAGGAUGACGAGGAUGAGGAAGAGGAGGAAGAAGAGGCAAGGUCGCCCACCCCCGAAGCGGAGAGGCCACCGGCGCGCGCCACCCGGAGUAGCUUGGCCAAGGCCGAGGCCGAACGGCUGGCUGCCGAGCUCAAGGCAGCCGAGGCUGAGGCAGCAGAACCAGAGGUCAAACACCGCGCCCAAGACCUCUUGGAGGAGUACGAGUGGAUCGACCACCUGCGAAAGCGCGACUUCAAAGACGGCGGCUGGGAGAUGAUCAUGGUUGGGCUUUUGCACCAACUGUCCAAGGAACCGCGGUUGGAGAAGUCGUGCGAAGAGCUGCUUGAGCAACUUGUCCCCCGAUCCGUGGACCCGACACAAGAAACGGUCCUACGAGCCUAUGCGAAUCUCGACGUCAAUUACCGGGUACAAGCCCUGCAGAUUAUCUGCAUGCUCACUAUGCGCACAAAGGCUAUUCGCGCGUACAUGGAGGACUGCAGCGAGACGAUGACGGGCUACCGGAAGGAGAAGAUUGAGUGGCAGAGGCAGAGGAAACAAGCUGUCGAGGAGCUGAAGGUGCUGAACGACCAACGAAAGGCUCUCUUGCCCGAGGAGACGCCGCAGGACCCUGCCAAGGCGGAGGAGGAUGCAAAAGCUGCUACGACUGAUGUGGACUCUCCGGCCAAGGCUGACACUCCGACCAAGGAUGGAGACGGCUCCGACUCGGAAAGAAGACGCGCAGAAGCGCAGGAACGGACGCCGACCGAACGACCGCACUCUCGAGCGCCAGCGUAA